AUGUCUAUUCCAACGACUGAACUCGUCAUUUUCGACACUACAGAGGAGGUUCGUAAUGACUGCUCAAUUUUGAGUCCUGCAUUCGAGAUAGUUUCAAAGUCUGAUGGUAUCCAGAUGCCUGCCUACGUUGGAACGCAGAUCGAGAAUCCUGCUCGAGGUUAUGUCUUCAUGAACUGGGAUAGCUUAGCGCACCAUCAGGCGAUGCUAGAGUCCCCCUCGUACGCGACUCUGCUUGAAGUUUUGAAUCCCGCAUAUGGAGGCUGGUCGAAGAUGUACCAUGUGAUUUUCAAUGCCCAUACCAUCGCAUUCCAGCAGCCUGUCACGGAAGUUCUCCUCCUCGCCAUCGAGAAUCCCGAUCAUCGCACAGAGGUGUUUGACAUCCUUACCAAGAUCUCGGACUCGACUGAGAACAUGCUCGUGUUUGGUCCUACGCUUGAAAAUGAGAAUGUGAUUAUUGUCGUUGGUGGUUGGCAGAGCGUUGAGGCUCAUUGGCAGAUGGUCGCUAAUCCUGAGCCGAAAGCUGCGCUUGAACGGUUGUACACUCUUGCAAACAAGGACCAUCUAUUUCACAGCACCUUGACCCCUUUCAUGGGGAAGUAG